AAAUACAGCUGAUCAAUAGGAGAGUGUCAGUUGGCUCUCGCGGUGAAUAGAGGAGAGGAUGGUGAGCGAUACAAGAGAACCACAGCGGCUGCUGUGGUCGCAGAGUUAUCGGCUCUGAGCAUCCGGAGGAGGCAGCAAAAGAAGUGUUCGUAGGACAGCAGAGAACUUUCGGUGAUGUUUGCGCCCUCUGGUGCCAUGUGUUCUUUCCUGGUGGUUUACGGCAGCCAAGUCGCGGCUUAUGUCUGCACUUUUGUGGAGGGACAGUUUAAACAGACGGAGAAGCGGGUGUCCAUUUUUUAUUUGUUAUUUUCUGUUUUUUUUUUUUUUGUUUAAACGGAUUGAUCUGAGUUCGCUCACGUUUUCAUUUUAUAAUCUAUAAGGGUUGCAAUCCAAGAAAGAGGCUAAUCAAGUCUAGAGGUGUAAUCAGAACUACAAUGCCUCGUGGAGAAUGGAAUAAAACUAUUAUCAAACUGAUGCCAGAGCUACUGACCGUCCUGUGGCAUUUGACAUUGUGACACUAGCUACUUGAAAGUUGAUCACCGGGUAUGGUAACAGUUUAUAAAGGACACUGGUGUGUAGUGUGUAAUCUUCCACGGCAUUCCAGACGUGCUCUGCAAGCCAUCUUUAUUUUCAAAAUGCAGCUCUAUGCUCGUCCCACACCUUCCCCCGUCUCACUGUUCAUGUUUUGAGCUAAUAGCUAAUAGUAUUACAGAUAGAAUAUCUCACCGACCCAGCGACUCUCAAAUACUCUGUUUACGUAUGAGGUCUGUAACCGAGCACUUACCAUCUUCUUAUCUUCUCGGGUAAAUAUCAAUAGUGAUAAUAGCAUACUGAAAAUACCAGCAGUUUGUCUCCAAAGCAGCAAAUAUAAACAGACAACUGUCUGUGACUGAACAGUACCUAAAGUAGGUCACACUGAAAAAACGUUUUUGAAACUGUCGGAGGUGGGCGGCGAGUGACAAUAACAAGUGAAUGAGUCUCGUGCCUGCAUACAGCUUCGGACAAAAGCAAGUGAGACUCAUGCUUUGAGUCUGUUGACCGCUUCAGAUAAUAAUAAUAACUGUGGGUCUCUGGCCGCUUGAGAUGACUGAGAUGACUUUCUAAAUAAAGGAGACAAGUAAACACGAUGGCUGUGCAAUAGAAGUGAAAUUAAGUCUUCCAUUGGAUCUUUGGUCACUGGAGUAACAGUGGGAAGAGGUUCUUUUUUCAACUACUUGAGUGAGCGGGAGAAGAAGUUUGACGAUGAAGUCUGCUGCACACCCUAAUGUCAUUCGAUGCCAGACGACGCGCGCACUGAUACAUCACAGCGCUGUCUGCGAUUCUGACGAUGAGAUAAUGGGCAAGAAAGAUGGACCUUUAAGUGUUCAGGAUCCACGUGACACAUCAGCAAUGAUGAACUCACAAGAGACAUACAGGAGCUCACAGAACCAAUCCAAGUCGACAUCAGCAACAACCAAUCAUUACACAGCAAAUGAAGCUUCCAGUGCAGCUGGCACUCCAUCCAAAGAUGCAGUGGCACAGGACCAAGUGCAGGUCAAUGGAACAGGUGGAAUAGCAAAUGAAACCACAAUUAGCUUGAAGAAUCUUCCUAUUGAAGAAGUUAUUGUUAAAGUUCGUCAAAUUGUAGCUGAGUUGGAAAAGCUGGAGGAAUACCAUCGCGGAGAGGGUAUGCGUUACCAGAAAAUGCUUGGGGAUUUCUACUGGGACUAUGCAGACCAUCGCACUGAAAUUGCUAAUGCUUUGAGUGACUGUGGAUAUGCUGCCCUAACUGUGAAAAUGUUGAAAACUAUGAACACUAUGGGGAUUUUCAAAAAUGAUGACAUUUGGUUUCCUACAUAUUACACAUACAACACUGCCUGGAACUAUUCUGAUGCCAGCGAGAGUCUUGCCAAGAACCUAGCAGAAGCAGAUGCUGUUAGGCUACUGACUUUAAAUCUUGGACAUAAGCCAUACCUUAGCAAUAUACAAAGUAAGAAUGUAUAUUAUGUGCUGAAAGCUUCACUUAGCACCCUUCACAACAUAGCACGAUGUUCUGAUGUCAAGCAUUUCUUUAAGGAAAACAAAACAGCAGAGGUUAUUAUGCCAUUUAUCAGCAUGAAAGACGAGUUUCUGAAAGCCAUCUCAAUGCUUACUUUAGCCUAUAUUGUGGAAGAGGAAGAAAACACCAAACUAAUUGAUGAAACUAACACAAUCAGCAGCAUUGUGAGUUGGACAGAAAAUGCAGUUGAUGGUGGAAGCAAGCGAAGAUUUAAAGGCUUUACUCCAUGGGAGCUUACUCAGGGUCUUGACAAACUUGCUGUUAAUGACACCAACAAAAUCCAAGUAGUUGAAGCUGGUGCCCUUCCAGUCUUCCUUCGGAUGCUUCAACAUGACGAUCCAAAGGAGCAAAGUAGCACAGCACACUGUAUCUGGACCCUGUCAUUUGACAAAACAGUGCGACAAAAAAUCAUUGAACAUGAAGGUCUUGUUGCAGCUUUAGAAAACCUCUCAAAGAAUGAAAACAGUGAAGUCAGAAAGAAUUGUCUUGGUGCACUAUGGAUGAUAAAAGGAGAGAAUGACCCAGCAACUACAACCAGACCAAAAAGCGCAUUGAAAUCAAAAAGUCACAUCUUUAUCAGCUACUCUUGGACAGAAAAAGAGCUUGUCAAGGAGAUCAGAGAGAGACUGAGGGCUGAAAACUACAAAGUAUGGAUUGAUUAUGAGCAGAUGGGAGGAUCAACACUACAAGCAAUGGCAGAAGCAGUGGAGAAUGCUGCUGUUGUUCUUUUGUGCAUGUCUGAGAAAUAUAAACAGAGUCCAAACUGCAGAACAGAGGCAGAAUACACAUUCCAGCAGCGUAAAGAGUACAUUCCACUGAUGAUGCAAAAGAAGUACAGACCAGAUGGUUGGCUUGGUGCUAUUCUUGGAGCCAAACUUUUCUUCGAUUUCAGUGGCAAGUAUCCUUUUGAAAAGAGCAUGCAGGGACUGUUGAAGGAGCUCAGGGGUCGAGGACAGCUGUCCCACAUGACCGAUUCUACAGAUGAAGUAGAUGGAUUAAUUGCAGCAGAAAAUCACAUGCUUAUUGAAGGAAACCCUCACAAGACAACUGUUGCAGCACACAUGGCGCUGAGUAUGUCGCGGGAUGAUGUUACUCAGUGGCUGCUUAAUCGGCAUCUCGAUAUUUGUGUUCCACACAUGGCUCAGUUGGAUGGUAAAUUACUAUGGCAACUCAAAUUAAUGAAGGAUGAAGCUCCUCAGUUCUUCUUUCACCUGCUUGACACCAAAUUAAAAUUAUCAUUUGUGGACAUUUUGAGAUUUACAGCAGCCAUUGAUGAGCUACACUGAUUGAAGCCAUUGAAAUUGUGAGAAACAUAAUUCACCGCUGUUUGAAACAGUUCACACCAUUUCAUAAUGCAAAGCCCACUUUUUAGGACUCCAAAUCCCAGGUGUACCUGAUAUUUUCACAAGGAAAGGGAACAUGCUAAGUAUAUAUGGGUUUUACAAUUAAGAUUUUGUGGAUAGCAUCUAUGCAUAAUAUGAAUGCAUAAUAAAAGCAAAAGAGAAUUUUUCACAUCUCUUAAUAUUUAUGCUGAUGUGUUCAUCUUAAGUUUUUGAAAUAUUGGGCUGAAGCAAAAAGCAUGUGUAAAAUGUUUCAGAAUAAAUGGUAUGAAUGAGUUGUUCUAACACAUUUGGAAUUGGAAUGUCUGUCAAGCACUAAUCAUUAGUAUAAGUCAUCCACAGGUAAAGCAGGUUAUGACCAUGUAAAUAUACGAUUUUGAAUGUUUACAGAACAUUACCAAGUAUCAUGGAAAGAUAAACCACUGUCGUGGGAAUAAAUGCAUGGUGUAAGCAAAACGCAACAGCUAUUUUAAAUGAUUUGUUAAAUGUUUGUCGUUAGCAUAAGUAAACAAAUAGCACAGUAAUUGAACUUCAAUGUGUUUUAUAGAAAUUGUGAUAUCCUAUUUUAUUACUUUGCCUUUGUUUUUGCUUGUCCUUUCCAAACCUUGUCUUUUGAACUGCUCUGAGACACACUGAGAGAGAGAGUGUGUGUCCAUCCCUUUUGUUUUGUUUUGCUAAUUAUGCAAUUAAAAAUAACUAAAUGAUUCUUUACCAAUUAACUAUACAGUUCAAGCAGGGUACAUGACUUUCGCUAGACAUUAUAUUUGUUUUAUGAUCAUGAGAUUCUGGCAACCAGUAUUGCAAAGUGAGAAAGUUCUUUGUUCCUGGCAUCUUUUGACUGACAUGUAUGGUUUUGUCAGGUGAUUGUAUGCAUACGAUUUUUUCAUGGUGACAUCUAGCUGACUUUUGUGCCAUUUGUAACUAUAUAGCAUGUUGGAUAUCUCUGCAUUUUGUGUAACGGGUAAAUGUUUCCAUAAAUAGUACCUCUAGUAGUAUAUUAAAAUUUGUCCUCACCUGAUUUUUUUAUGACAUGUAUUAGUGUCCAUAGCCUCAUAUAGAUGGUGACAUUAUCAAAGAAGGAUGAUCACUAGCACAUUCAGAUAUACACUCUCAUGUAGCAUCACUAUACAGCUUCAUCAGCAAAUAAGCAGCAUAUUUUCUUUUACUUUUUUCAUAGAAUUUGAAAAUUUGAAUUUCAUAGAAUAUCUCAACAACCACUCAAGUUUAUUAAGUUUCUAUUUACCAAGUUUUGUUUAGUGAAACAAAGAAUGGGAAAAGAGCGUCUAUCAGCAUGUUCUUGAAAUAAUAUUUCAUCAUUAAACAGAAGUCAGAUAAUCCAAACUCACCUAAACACUAACCAAACCAAAACCACAAUCCUUGAUAUGGAUGAUUAAGUUUUGCAAACAAAAACAUUUGAACCUUUUUCUGCAUGUUUUUUGUACUCAGUAGUGUGAACAUCUUAUGACCAGUACAAGCACAUGCCUGUUAACACGCUCUUUGCUUUCCAUUGACAGUUUUGACUCGUUUUAUGCAUAGUAAUGUUUUUAAGGAUGUAUUCCAGGAACAGCAACUUUACUUUCAGAUUUUGGAUAUAGAUGUCACACACUAAGCUUAGCCCACCCAUAAAAAUGUGCACACUUGUUGACCAUUAAACAAUUAUAUCAGCAGAUCCAUCCUAUUCUUGGCAUUAACAUAUUGUGUCUUUUCAUUUUGACUGCUGUUACAGACACAUUCAAAUACAGAACCAAUCUGUUUGUUUUAUUGGAUAUGUAAUCUAAAAGCAUUAGAAUUGAUAUUAUAUUUUUUUUCCCUGCCUUGACUUUGUUAUCAGAAUAUUUUAUUGUUUGAGCAUAUAUAUUUAUUUGAUUUACAACAUAAAACCUCUGUUUUAGUGAUAAAGGAUCCUUUUAAAAACUGUUCAAUGCUAGUUAACUUAGCAUGUAGCACUUCACAUACAGUUACUGUGAUAUUGUUUUAUGAGUGUUGUGUCCUUCACCAGCAUUUUUGUUACAGUUGUUCAAUCAUUACAUACAAAUUCUAUGAAACUGAAUCUCAGAGAUUAUUUGGUUUUACUAUUCCUCCAAGCAGCUCACAUAAAACCAGAUAAAUCUGCAUAUAAUUCAUUAAGUUUGUUAUUGCUUUCUUUGGUCACUCCAGUCAUGGAAAAGUUUUCAAGCUUUCUUAGUAAAGCUUAUCAUUGCAAUUGUUAGCAUCAAGUUCUUUAUUUCUGUUAUCAUCAUCCAUUUACCCACAAUCCAUCACCCUUAAUCUCCUCAUCUCGGAUCCCAUUAUCUUAAUUAUAUACUAGCUGUUUUGGGACAGGUUAUUUUGUAAACUCAUUCUAACUGCUCAUUCUGAAACAAACUCUUUCGUGAAAGGAAUACAGAUUACACUCCACAGCCCAAAGAUAGUUGUCUUCAGCUGCUGUUAGUUUGUCUUCCCUUUCCUGCUGCUGACCUCAUGCCCUGCCCUUAUGAGCAGUAUCUUGCCUCAGAGAGUAGGCAUAACACAAGAUGGCUAUUGCUGCCUUAUGUUUGACUCAUUCCAAGCUUAUGGUGAUGACCUCUAAAAUUGUAUUCAGCUUAACAUCCCUGUGCAAGAGGAAAGGUACCACUGUAUGGCCAUCAAUGCUGUGCUAGUUUUUUUUCCAAAGACAAAAUGUAGUUCAUUGCCUUUCUUGAAUACUUUUUUUUUUACUGCUUCCUGCAAAAGUAUAAAACACAUAAUUUGCUCUGAUUUCUUAAACUUUCCAUCUGUUUGUUCUUGACCUUACAUGUCUACUUAUCCCUUAAAGACUAACUUCAGUCAGAUAUCACAUCAAGCCCAGUGGCUAUCAGGUUAAUAACACAUAAUGUCAUUAGCUUGUGUCAGUUUUUAUUUUGAAGGAAAGCACUUGAACUGACCUAAAUUCAAAAUCUGAUAUUGUUGAAGGGUGCAGCCAAGGGAAAAUCUUUACAUACAUGCUGAGAAUAACAUGUAUACACAUACUUUUUCGAUGUCAUGACCUCAUUGAUGUAGAUGAGAACUGUAUUGUUCAGACUUGUAGCUCCUGUAUGUGCUAAGAUUUGAGUAUUAAGUGUUCUGUGAAGAACUGAACAUUGAAAAUAAUGUUGUACUCAGUUUGUAUCAUAAAGGUAAUCCAGAAGAGGCAGGCAGACAAACUACAAAGAAAGGAAAUUUUUUUGAAAUUAUAAUCUGGUGGAAAUAUAUACAUAUGCAAGGUCAUUCAUUCAUUAGGGUAAUAGAAACAUGUGAAUGGUUAAAACACUGUGUCAUCUAAACUGCAAGAUACACAAUUUGAUAUUGUGGUGCAGCAAUCUGUCCCCAGUUUAUCCAGCUGUCAGGAAUGGGUACAUGACUAAACAGAAUGCAGGGCAGGGAAAGAAAAGCAGCACCCUUAUAAAGAACCCUGGCCCAGAGAAGAGUGUGGUUUCUAACCUCACCCCUCAAUACAUUUCAAAUGAAAUGGUUCACUAUGUAAACUUCUUAGCAUCAGCCCAUCCUCAUUUUAUUCUUCUUCCUUCCUAAUGGCAUUUUGUGAUUCAAAAGAGUAGCAGGUGAGAGACAGAUAGCUAACCUAUUAGCAGAAUUUCAGAUGUGUAGCUCAACUUUGAAAUAAAUGUUGACUAUUUAUCAUAAAUCUGUCCAUGCAAAUAUGAUGAUAAAAGAAUGUAGGAUUUGCCAUCCAGUCUGUUCUCUUAUUGCCUGUGUUUACUAUGAAAAACACAGUGGCCAAGCAUAGGUGUCAGUAUUAAUUAUGAAAACCUCGAUUGCCUACGACAGGUAGUUGUUGCACAACUCUUUACAGUUCAAGGAACCUGGUCAGCAUACUUGGCUUCAGAAGUGUUUUUUACAAAUUAUUCCAGAUGUUAGGCUAAUUUACACUUGAAGGCACCAAGGGUUAGAGUCCAUAUUUACUUCUUUGGCUGGUUAUGCCAGCCUAGUCCUGUAUUCUCCAUCUCCCUGCUACACUUUCUUGCCCUUGGCAGUAACAGUAGACCUGUAGACAUCCGCUGUGUGUGAAUGUGUGCAUGUGUGUGUAUAUUUGAAAUUUUAUUGACACUGUGUACACUGUAUAAUGUUGCACCAUUUUUAUACAUGAGCAGCAUGCUGUCAGAUGCUGAGUUAUGACAUAUUCCCAUUAAACUAUGAAAAAGUUGUUCUAUAAGUGGCAAUUGUGUGUGUGGUGGGUGGGGGAAAGAUUGAUAACACUGAAAGGCAAAAGGCAAGGAAUGAACUUUAUCAGAAAUAGCUCCACCCUCUAAAAAUUUCUUUUUCAUUUUCAACACUGACUAAUUUUGAAUUUGAAGGCAGCUUCUCUACUCACCCCUAGCCCAUAGUUUCUUUAAGUAACAUCUUUAUCCUCUGGGAUUGCUUGUUCAUACACGGCAGUAUGCAUGAUUGGGAUUACUUGCACAUACAGCAAUAUGCAGACUUGGGAUUACUUGUACACACAUGGCAGCAUGAAGGCUUGCACGCACACAACCAAAACCAUUUCAGUUUUAUCAUAUGGUUUAUUAAAGAUGAUCAGACUUUCCAAACUGUUGUGUUCAACUUUAAAUUUUUUAAUAUAACUGAAAUUCUCACAAUAUAAAUAUAAAUCAAUAUUUUAAAAUACCUUCCUCCCCAGUUAAAAAACAGAUUCCCUGCAAAAUACUCUGUGAUUACCCAAAAUGGUACCCUCAUUGUCUGGGAUAAAUGAAUGGUGCCCUCGACAAAGCUUAACUGCAUAACUAAAAAAAAAAAAAAAA